AUGUGCUGGCUCUCUAAGGGAGGGAAUUAUCUAUGGUUCCAGCAUGGAUUGUUGAAUAUCCCAGUUCCUAUCAAAACCGUUCAGUGGAUCCCCAACCUCCAGACAUUGCAAUUUACACAAGACAGGGGUUACAAUGUUAAGGCUGGAGAUGUUGUGAAGGUUGCCCAUGGGCCAGAGUACUCCACAAAAGGAGUUGUGCAAAGCAUUGACUUUCCAAAUGCUCGCUUGACCCUACUCGCUGAGACUGACCACUCACUAGUUGAUGUUCCCAUCAGAUUUGUUAUCAAAGUAAGCGACGCCAGCCUGGAUUCUUUCAAGAAAGACAUAGGGCAAGAAGUUUAUAUUAUUGGAGGUAACCAUAAGGGUUACCAAGCCAUGCUGUACAGCUUAAGCUCUAUGGAUUGCACUGUUGCUCUGCACAGGCAGCAGCGCACCAAGAUUCAACUCAAGAACGUUGCUACCAGGCACAGAAUGAGGUUGAAUGGUGCCAUGCUCGAAGGACCUGACAUGUUAUCGUUCUGCGAGAUGCAGAGAAGAUCGUACUUGGCCCUGCAACCCCAAAGUGUUACCCCCCCUCCUGAGAAGGUUGCCUCGAGUUCAUCAGCUUCCAUCGCAAAUCUGACAGUUUCACAAUUCACAUGGACUACCUGGAGCGCUAGCUCUGAGGAUCUUGACACAGCCAGUAACCCUGCGUCCACCCUUAAUAAUACUGCUCAACUCGACCCCUGGGCUGUCGAUAUGCUUGAGGCUGAAAUGGAAAUACUGAAAGAAAGCCCACUAGCAUGGUUGAUGAACAAGUAA